AUGGUAGUUCAUACGUUGCAGAAUGCUUGGAUUCAAUCCUACAUCAAGUUGGCACCACAGAUCUCGUCCUUGAGCGGUGCAGGAGUUGGUUACGCAAAAAAUCGUUCUGUACAGCAAUGCACCGGCUCAGUUCUGGUAUUCUGCGAUGCGGACGAUAUUUGCAUGGAGCAUCGCAUCAUUUCACUGUGGAAUGCUCUGCGCACUACGCCAAAACCAGAAUUGACCCUUGUUGGUUCAAAAUUCGAACGCAUCCCGGCCGGAUCCACAUCACGUUACACGCACUGGGCAAACACACUCAGCAAUAGUCAGCUUUAUAAUCAGAUUUUCACCUCACAUGGACCUACACUCAUUGCUCCUACCUGGUGCAUGUCGAGGAAGCUCUACGACAGUGUCGGUGGUUUUUAUGAGGCACAGUCAGUUGGCUUUCCCGAGGAUUUACGGUUUUUCUACGAAGCUGUCAAAUUGGGCGCGCACUUUGUCAAGGUCUUUUACUGUUCGCUUGUAAUUUUCGUAUAAUG